CAUCUCCUUCCUCAAAACCAGCUACAGUUCACUGGCAUGAUGGCUUCACAGUAGAAACUCCAACGCUGGAAUCAAUGGCUUCUGAGGCAGCACAGGCUCUUGCAGAAGGUGGCUUUUGCCUCACCACACCAUGUCACAGCUGAGCAGAGGGGAGAAGUGGCAGUGGCCAGGUACUAAUGAACAUCUGCCUCUGCACCCCUGCUACCCCGCCACCGUCCAACUGGGAAAUGUUGCUGAGCUCCUGUCUGUCUACACACUUCUGUUGUUUUGGAAAUAUUUCUGAUUCAGAAAUGAGAAUAAAGAAAUUUCAGUGUUCUGGAUGGAAGCUUUUUCGUUGGGUUCUGGAGAAUUAGCAGGUGACCCAUGAGACUAGAGUGUUUCUUUUUCUGUACCCAGACUGGAAUUAGCCCAAGAAUUGUUCUCAGGAGAACAAUGGAUAAUAAUAAUACAUGCAAUAUAAAUAACCAGGUGGAUAAGUAUUUGUUUCCUGUUGUUUACAGCAUUGUGAUUGUGAUCGGUAUUCCUGUCAAUUGUAUUUCCCUCUAUGUAGCCUGCGUGCAGGUGAGGAAGAAAAAUGAGUUAGCAAUCUACCUCUUCAAUUUAUCCCUGGCUGACCUCUUCUACUGUCUGAUUCUACCUCUGUGGAUUGAUUACACAUCGAGGGGAGACAACUGGCAGUUCUCUUCCUUGCUCUGCCAGAUUUCUGCCUUCAUUGUACAAACAAAUUUUUACACUAGCGCUGUUUUCCUCACCUGCAUCUCUGCUGACAGGUACCUAGCCUUAGUUUACCCAUUAAGGUUCCAACAUCUGCGCUCAAGAAGAUGCGCCUUGAUUGUCAGCAUAUUUUUUUGGGCUUUGGAAACCAUCUUGAAUUUCUCAGUUCUGACCCAUAAUGAAACAUUCACUAACGUUUGCAUGUUCAGGAACUAUACAAUAUGUUAUGAUAAAUACCCCAUGGAACCUUGGCAAGCCAGAUUCAACAUAUUCAGGAUAAUUACAGGACACACAAUCCCUUUGACCAUCAUUCUGUUUUGCUACUAUAAAAUUUAUCGAGUUGUAAGACGUAAUCAAGCCACGGAGGACAGAGAAAAAAGGAAAAUCAAGAAGCUGUUACUGAGCAUCACUGUUACUUUCAUUGGUUGCUUCACCCCCUACCAUGCUGUGCUGCUCAUUCGCAGCAUUAAAGACUCCCUUCAUAUGUAUACGAUUUACAGGAUCAUACUGGCUUUAACAAGUUUGAACUGUAUUACUGACCCAAUUCUGUACUGCUUUGUAAGUGAAUCUGGGAGGACAGAUAUCCUGAACUUGUUCAAAUGCUGCUUUUCUAUGCAGCACACUGAGUUAAGCCAGCCCAGGACGGUUGUUGUGUCUAGUACUAUUUCCAAGAGCAGUAGACGAGGGACCAGUGGGGACCUUUGUGUGAAACUGAACCACCUUUAAAAAGACCUGAAAUAAUGAAUUGUCAAAGCAAGGGUUGAUAAUUAAUGCAGAAAGGCCAAAUUCUUCCCUCAUUUACAUCCAGUAAACACCACUAAAACUGAAUUAAACUAUCCUGAGAAAAGUGAAAUCAGAAGAGUUGCUGGGGUGUAGCUGAGGACUAUUUUUUUACAGCUUUUCAUAUACAAGGAAGAAUGCAUAUUUUAGUGAUUACAGGUGAUAAAUAGGAGCCAAAUUCUCUCAUGGGAUCUAACAGAGAGACAUCAAGUCACUAAAAUCAAUGGAACCUACACCUAGCCCAAGUGGACCGCUAAAUCAGGCCUAGUACUAUCUUUGAUGGAAUGUUUUCAGCCAACCUAUGUAGCACACCUCUAGAUCGGGCUGUAUGAUGGAGAACCACCAGGCAAAAGUUCUCUACCUACGGUGGUCUUAGACAGCUAUAUAGAAAGAUUUGUCAAAGCAUAUGUUUAUGCAUUUAAUUUACACAUGUCCCUAUCACAUUGAUCCUGGCAAUUACCACUGGUUGUGCCUGUUCAUAUCAUCCAUGAAUCGGAUACUCAGACACUUUUCUAAAUUAAAAAAAAAAAAGAUUCUCACUAUUCUCAGUUGUAAUGACCACAUGUAAGUGGUCCUGUCUUUUGGCCUAUUUUUUUUGCAUUAUAUAUUAGUAUCUUCCCAACAAAUUCUUAUGCUCAUUUGUUUUUUCACAUAUAUAUAUUGUUUGUUUCAUAGUUUAAACACAUAUACACAUCACACACACACACACAACAUUUAAACUAUGAAACAAACAACAUAGGAAACUGCAAUGCAAGUUGUGCUGUCUUAUCACAAACCUGAUCUAGGCACAUAGCAUGUUUAAAAAGCAGAUGUUUAAUUUCACCACACUGGAAUAAUAAAGAAACCACUUCCACUGAAUUUGAAGCAGUUUAGCGUACCAGUGCCUGUUGGCUCCUGAAAAGUUCCGUUCAGAGAAGUACAACACUAUGAAUAGUGCUGUACUUGGGUAUCUCAACACCUUUGUGAGAUACCCUCAGAAAGAAAAUCAGCCUAACUGUAAGACCUUAACUGGGAAUACACGUUUGGCAGCAAAAAGGUAGUUCUAGCCGUCACAGCAUAGAUAAAAUAUUGGAAUGGGAUUGAAGACAUUCAUUCCUUGCCUUCCAGUCUCUUGCUUAGCAAAUCACUAUGGACUACAUCUAUUAAAGGAUUUUUGUACCCGGAAGUCAGAUAUGCAUCACCCAACUAUUAAGCAGCUAUUCCCCCGAAUACAAGCCAGAGCCCAGUUUUAGGAGCUGAGGCUGUCUGCGAAGUAUGGGUCGAGUUAGGACGCUUAGAAUGGAGUCCAAGAUAGAUGCCAGAAAGAAGACUGAAGUCAGCACAGUCAGCAGGCAGCUAUAUAGAGCUAGCCAGUAGUACUAGCUAGGCCCAUAUCUUAAACCCUGUCCUCUGCAACUCAAAAGAUUUAUUCAGGGUUUCAAAGACAUUUCCCCAUCCUUUCCUGAUAAGCACCUGCCCCUUUUUUCUUAUCAAGGACAGCUCUGAGCUUACUUCUUUACUCAAACAGAAAUAAGAGGACAGGUGAAAAUAGUACCUACUUUUUAUAUAAUAGCCAAGAAGUCAGUCACUUGCCCAGGAAAUGAGAGACCUGAAUUCCUUGCCCACCUCAUAUUCAAGAGAUUCAACCACCUAUCACCCAGGUUAUGUUGUUGCCUAUUCCAAAUGAGGGACUUCUCCACCAACCUAUCUUACCUUGUGCCACAGUACAGAAAAGAAUUCAAGAUCGAUUAGGCCAGAGAGAAAGCAAGAGUGAGCCUGACUUGCUAGACUAAUACCUAGACACUUCCAUGGGAGACAUCGCACUGAAUCUCUUCAGGUAGAGGAAGGAAUUGGACCUAGCUUUCAUGCUUCCAAGGCAAAUGUCCUAACCACUAAGCCAUCAUAUAAAAAGCAGACAUUUCCUCCUCCAGGCACACUCUAACAAGGAAACAGGAACUGCAAGUACAUUUUAUAUGGACUCUGAUCCUGCUGGUAUAUGUAGGAUGUGUCCAGACAAUGCCUACCAGACCAAAGGGAUUUAAGUGAAGGAACACUGACAUUGACUGUGCGAGCAAGAUAUCAAGCUGCUCAGCCCUGUCAGAAUAGGUACAGUGCAGGUUUGGGUAUCUAAGAAACUUUAAAGCAAAAAAACCCCACAAAAAAACCAAAAAACAAACAAACAAAUAAACAAAACGUAAAAUGGUUUUGAGCUUUAUGUGCCUCCAGUAUUACAUGGUUAUUGAGCAAGGGUAUUCAAGGUUAUAACUUUGGACUCGCAUGCCUAAAAUCGAUCUAAGUCCCAUUUUAGAUGUCUGAAGUCCCAUCUACACAGUAAAAUUACUCUAUUUGUCAGCAACACUCUUAAGCACGUGACCAAUCAGGCUGCCUCCUAAACAGGAAGCCGUAUAGCUGUGCCUAUGCUACAUGCCAGACAAGUUUGUACCAAGGCAUGCUAACUGACCCUGUCUUUCAGCAGAACUAAUCAACCCAUCUGAAGUGCCACACAGAUGUGACUACAUUCAUUCUAGUUUAAGGACCCUUCCACACAGAACAGCUCAGCAUGUUUAAGGGCUCUUAUGCCAGGAAUAGUACAUUUACCAUAUAGACAUUGCCAUAAAUCUUUUUCUGGAUGGCCUUAGUCCGGGUUUAAGCUCUGCACAUGCAGACCUCAGUGUCGGCAUGACCGGUUGCAGGAAAUCUUCAUAUAUUUUGAGUGUAAGACCCAUGGUAAAUCAUUAUAUGUCUUAUUUCUAUAAAAUGGGGAAGUGAUACUGCUCCUACCUCCUUCAAGUAUUUCACAAUACUACAAUGGCAAAUUACAGUUCUUUUGUAUAAAUGUUUUAUUUUAAAAAGCAGAUGGGGAAAAAAUCAAAACAAAAAAAAUUACUUGUAUUAGGGCUGCAUUUAGCUCAGUUUUGAGUAAGUAUACCUCCACUUCAUUUAGUGGCAUGAAAAGAGAAUUACUUAUACUGUGUCUAAAUUAGGUCCUAAGCUUUUAUAAAGCUUUUACUUCCCCAGAUGACAAUCAAAUAACUUGAUCUGAAACUGCUCACAUGAUCCCAUGUCUAAUCUUGUUCAGGAUUACAUUUUCUGAAUCAUCUUUCAAGUUGUUUGAAGACACAGCUGUGCUUACAAUAGACAUAGGAUGUAGGUUUCAAAGCAGUGUGAGGGAGCAAGAAGCACAACUCCCAUUAAAUUUUAGUGAAAUUUAGAUGCCUGUUCUGUUGAGCUACUUUGAAAAUCCCAGACAUUAUGCCUGAAAUUACAUUUCUAUCUGGCUACAGGGAAGUUUUGAAGGUGUACAGCCAGCUAUGUGUUGUACCUUGCAUCAUUUCUGUGUUUGUCUAAUAAUUUUUAGAAAACAAAAAAUGUAAUAUAAGAAAAUAUAUUUUUUCUACAUUUUUCAAUGUCUCAUCAAGUUUGUUCAUCCCCAUGAUGGUGAGUUUGCCUGGAGAACUGUCAUUUAACAAAGGAUGUUGCAAGUCUUGUGCUCAACAUAUAAUUGCAAGGGGUUAUUUCACUGAUGGGUGCUGCAUACAGAAAUAACUGAAUAAACAUCUUCCUCUAGGAUUGAUGCUGCAAUUCUUCUUACCAACACUGCCAAUUACUGUAUUUUCUUGCAUAAAAUGCACACCCAAAUAAAAUACUUCUUGUUUUUAGAAGUCAGAAUGGAGAAAAAAGAUUUUUCAGAAUAAUGGCUGACUCCUGGAAGUGCCAGAGUGUCUAGGACAUGUUGCAUUAGGAACUUCCUGAUAUGUCUGACUAUCUCCUGCAGUGGCCCCAGACCCUUGCAAAGGGCAAUAGCAAGACUGUUAGUUCUUUAUAUAAGUUUCUGUAAAUAAAGUG